AGAGCCGGAGCCCAGAAAUCCGGGGGCGGAUAAGACUCCGCGUCCCUUCCAAUUCCCGUAAGCACCCCUUGCUCCAUCCUGCGCCCAAAUACCUCAGCUAGCCCCUCUCCCCACUCUUUACACUCCAAACUCAGCCGGGACAGACCUCCGCAGCCACCGCUCCCCACCCCACAGGAGAAGCUCAGAGGUCCUGUCCCCCUUUCCUCUGAGGGACUCUUUUUGGUGACCACAAAAGGAUUUGAUCACUCAGGACAAAGCUAGCGGAGGAGCUCUGGACGACGGCUGGAGGCCAACAGUCCCUACAGGUGGUGCCCAGGGUGAUGUACUGACAAUGAGCGGGUGUUUUCCAGUUGCUGGCCUGCGAUGCCUGUCUAGGGUAUGUCGUGGCCUGGUGUGGGAGGCUCCGACUUCCCCAAGCCCCGCUGCUUCUCCUGCUGCCCGCUUGCUUCGGACUCUGGCAGAAACCCCACCUGCUGACAAGUUCCUCCCAGGGAAUUGGUCUUGGAUGUGCCAGCGCCUCUGGCCGUGGCCCGCUAACCAGCCUCUCCCCGGCCGGUUCCCGCCGCGCCCCCUCUCGCUUGCUCCCUCCUCCUCCUCCUGCUCCUCUCUCCCCUGCUCCCAGGACAGCGGGAUGGCUGCGCAGGGCGCACCGCGCUUCCUCCUGACCUUCGACUUUGACGAGACUAUCGUGGAUGAAAACAGCGACGACUCCAUCGUGCGCGCCGCGCCGGGCCAGCGACUGCCUGAGAGCCUGCGUGCCACCUACCGCGAGGGCUUCUACAACGAGUACAUGCAGCGCGUCUUCCAGUACCUGGGCGAGCAGGGCGUGCGGCCGCGGGACCUGCGCGCCAUCUACGAGGCCAUCCCCCUGUCGCCCGGCAUGGGCGAGCUGCUGCAGUUUGUGGCCAAGCAGGGCGCCUGCUUUGAGGUUAUUCUUAUCUCAGACGCCAACACCUUUGGCGUGGAGAGUGCGCUGCGCGCCGCCGGCCACCACGGCCUGUUCCGCCGCAUCUUCAGCAACCCGUCGGGGCCAGACGCUCGGGGGCUGCUGGCGCUGCGGCCCUUCCACGCGCACAGCUGCGCUCGCUGCCCCGCCAACAUGUGCAAGCACAAGGUGCUCAGCGACUACCUGCGCGAGCGGGCCCACGACGGCGUGCACUUCGAGCGCCUUUUCUACGUGGGCGACGGCGCCAACGACUUCUGCCCCAUGGGGGUGCUGGCAGAAGGCGACGUGGCCUUCCCGCGCCGCGGCUACCCCAUGCACCGCCUUAUCCAGGAGGCGCAGAAGGCUGAGCCCAGCUCCUUCCGCGCCAGGGUGGUGCCCUGGGAAACCGCCACCGAAGUGCGCCUCCAUUUGCAACAGGUGCUGAAGACGUGCUGA